AUGACACUCCGACCUCACACUCUCUUCCUCCCUCAAGCCUCCCUAACCCCAUCUCCUAAACCCUCCUUCACCCCCAAACCCCACUCCAACUCCUUCACCCCAAUUCUCAAUUCCCCAAACUACCCCUCCCUCUCCCUCCACUCCCCCACCGACUCCGGCCUCCUCUUCCGCGAAAAGCUCGUCUACCUCGAAACCCACCUCAACGUAAAUCCCCAAAAAGCCCUCCUCAAAAACCCCGACUUCCGCUCCUGCCCCCUCUCCUCCAUCAUCUCCGUCGAGCACUGCCUCUCCUCCAUGGGCAUCGAGCGCUCCGCCAUGGGCCGCAUCCUCGACAUGCACCCGGAGCUCCUCACCGCCGACCCCCACCUCCGCCUCUACCCCGUCUUCGACUUCCUCCUCCACGACGCCCGCAUCCCCUUCCCCGAUAUCCGCAAGUCCGUCGUCCGCUGCCCCCGCCUCCUCGUAUGUGACGUCACCACCCAGCUCCGCCCCGCGUUGCUCUUCCUCACCCAGCUCGGCUUGCGCGUCACCUGCCAGACCACGGUUUUAUUAGUCUCGAGCGUGAAGGGCACGCUCGUUCCGAAGAUUGAGUAUUUGGAGAGCCUGGGGUUGGGUCAUGCGGAUGUUGUUAAUAUGGUGAUAAGGUCGCCGGCGCUGUUGACGCUUAGUAUACGGAAUAAUUUCGUGCCGAAGGUGGAGUAUUUGUUGGGGGAGAUGAAGAGGGAUGUGAAGGAGCUGAAGAGGUUUCCGCAGUACUUUUCGUUUAGUUUGGAGGGGAAGAUCAAGCCAAGGCAUAGGUUGUUGGUUGAGCACGGGUUUUCGCUUCCGUUGAGGGAGAUGUUGAGGGUUAGUGACGGCGAGUUUAAUGCUAUGUUGAUUGAGAUGCGGUUGGAUCGCAGGGGGUUGUAG